AUGGACAAACGAAAGAAUCAACAUGGAAGUCAGAGCCCCAUAGAGUCUUGGUUGGUUCGAGGGGCGUUUAUCAUCGGCCUGGUGGCAAUUUUCUUCUCAGUUUCUAGUGAGACACCCGGAUCAUGGGUUACUGGACGCUUUGGGUUGUUGAGUCCUUCGGGACUAGGCAAGUACACCCCGGACAAUCCAUCAGGAGUAUGCCAACAAGUACAAAACAUUUCUCCGAACAACAAACAGGUCGAACAGUUUAUUCGAGACACGGUGGAGUCACCAGAAUAUCAUAAGGAAAUUAUCAACAAACUGACAGGAAUCAUUCAAAUUCCGUCGGAAAGCUACGACGAGCUAGGGGUGAUUGGGGAAGAUUCCAGAUGGGAUAUAUUUUACCAAGUGGAGGACUAUAUCAAAGCGAACUAUCCAACGGUCUUCAAGACAGUCAAGUUAGAUCACGCCAACACUCAUGGCUUGAUCUUCACAUGGGAAGGAAGUGUUCCACCAUCAGAAGCCAAGCCUAUUCUCAUGCUUGCGCAUCAAGAUGUUGUACCUGUGCUAGCUGAUACAGUCAAAGAUUGGUCUCACCCACCAUAUGACGGCCACUACGAUGGAGAGUUUAUCUGGGGCCGAGGUGCUACAGAUGACAAGGGUUACUUAAUUUCCAUCAUUGAAAGCGUGGAUUUAUUGAUAAAGAGCGGAUUCAAACCAAAACGCACGGUGAUCCUUGCCUUUGGAUGCGAUGAGGAAAUCAGUGGCGAAAACUGUGGACGACCCAUCUCGAACCUGUUACACAAUCGAUAUGGCGACGAUGGUAUCUACUUGAUUAUGGAUGAGGGGUCCGUGGGUAUACAAAAAGAGUUCAAUAGGUCCUUUGCCAUGGUCAGCACUGCUGAAAAGGGUUACCUGGAUGUUGGCAUCAAUGUUACAUCUACCGGGGGACAUGCUUCGAAUCCUCCGGAUCAUAAUGUUAUUGGUAUUCUAUCGGAAAUUGUGAUGACAAUUGAAAAUAAUCCGUUCACUGGGAAAGUCACAAGCAAAAAUCCAAUGUUUAACUUCUUGGAGUGUGCCGCUGUGCAUGCCCCAGAGACUAGCUUCCCAACGGCUGUCGGAAACAAACUCAGCAAAGCGGCACAGGGUGAUGGGAAAGCUCAACAACAAUUGGCGCAGGUGCUGGAUAAUAUGAGAUAUUAUUUCAGGACCAGUCAGUCUGUGGGUAAGAUCAACGGUGGUGUUAAGAUAAAUGCCAUUCCCGAAACAGCGUCAGCAAUGGUGAAUCUCCGACUUGCUGUUGAGACUUCAGUCGCAGAAGUGCAAGGUCACUAUGAGAGCCUAAUCAGACCAAUUGCCCGGAAGCAUGGGAUGGUAUUUGAGGGGUUUUAUUCAUCCUCUGAUUCUUCAGAGGCACGAAAGAUCAAGUUAUUUAGCGUUGACGCACUGGAACCAGCACCCGUUUCUCCGAUCGAUGCUGAAUCUUUUCGAGUCUUGUCUGGCACCAUCAAAAACACUCUCAAACCAUUGGACCAAGAUGACGAGCUUAUUGUUACUCCAUACCUAAUGCCAGCCAAUACCGACACCAAGUUUUUCUGGGCUUUGACCAAGAAUAUUUAUAGAUUUACGCCGAUCAACUUGGUUCAGAACCUCAACAGAGCGCAUACUACGAACGAAUUCAUUAGAGCGGACGAGUUUGUACGGGAGCCACUCUUUUUCGCUAGUCUGAUUUUGAAUGCGGAUGAUACUGUGGGACAGUAA